AACUAAAUUUGUGAUCGGUUUUACCUUUUUUGACGUCUAAAAUUCAAAAUUUGUUCAAACGGUUAGGUAGAACUAUGAACAAUGCAACUAAUUAUCCUUCUUGUAUUAAAAUUCCAUCAACAAAUGUAAAACAGAGUACUUCGGUUACUAUGUUUUCUCAGAAUUUUGACAUAAAAGAAGCAUUAACAUUAAACAAUGAAUUAAUAUCACUAGCAAAUCAAAGAUUUGGAGAAGGAAAAUGGAAUCAUACUGUUACUAAUCAGUCAAUUGAUUUUGUUGAAUCUUUUAUGGGUAAAUAUAUUUGUGGAUGUGUCACAUUUAUUAAAAUCCAGUUAAAUGAUGGAACAUUUCAUGAAGAUAUGGGAUAUUGUUAUGCAGAAGGUGAUAUUAAAGGGUCAUCAAUAUAUUCUGCUCGAAUUGGUUCUGUCACGGAUGCCUUUAAAAAAGUAUUGUCAUGUUUUGGUAAUGACCUAGCGCAAGAGAUAGAAAAGCUAUUCAAAAAGAUAACUAAUUUUUGGAAUAUCCAAAAAGAAGAUUUGAAAAGUAGGAUAAGUCCAGAAGAGAGGAUUGAAACAUUUAAACCGUGUGCUCAGUCAACUCCACUUAUAAGCAAUAAGAAUGGAGAACAUAAAGAAAAUAAUUGUAAGCCGAAAAUUGAAAAUGAUCAAGAAAAGCAAUCAGUAACAAGAUCAAAAAGUCCUGUAGAACAAAAAGGACAAACAAUGAUCCAAACAUUUUCAAGAUUAAAAAGUUCUACUGAACAGAAAGCACAGUCCAUACCUGUAAAAAUUACAAAUAGUAUAAAAGGUCAAUUCCAAUCUAAUGACACAAAUUACCAAAAGGAACAAGAACAGAAAAAACAAGAUCAAACAGCGGUAAUAUCCGAAGAAGAAUUGCUACGGUUAGAAAGAAAACGAAGACAAAUUGAAAAGCAAGCUGAGUACAAAAGACUUAUGAAGGAAAAAGAACAACAGAAGUUUAAUGAAAACAGGACACUUAAUCCUAAGUAUUAAUCAUUGAAUCAAGGUGAUACAAAUAUAUACAUAUGUAAAAUAUAAACUAUAUAAACAUUAAUCUAUUUUAAUUGUUAAAUAUUACUAUAAUUAUAAUCAUGUAUUUAUAUAAAAACAAUAUACAUUUAUUUACAUGGAAAUUUAUGUUUAAAAUGUUACUCUUGUCUUUUGGGUUAAAAAUUAAGGUUAUGAAUUCCUUGAAACACAUUUGAAUGUAUCGAUCACAAUUUAUUUGAAAGUAAUAUUUUAUUUUAGUAAUUAUAGGUUGAUUUCUAUAAAAUAUUAGAAUAUAAAUCAAGU